ACUCACCUAUGCUAACAAUGUGGUAACCUCAUAACAUAGAUCAUAAGCACGUCAGACAAGUCUGAAUUACACUUGAUUGUAGCACAAUGUAGGGUGACAACCAGUGAAUGUAAACAAAGCCAUCGUCUGCAUAUAGUGCAGCGUAACAACGCGUUCAUUCACUGUACUUGCCAACUAGUUCCCGUGCAGAAUCCGUUUUAACGCUGUUCAUCAAAACGAGGGAACAGCAAAUUUAUACAUGUAUGGGAGAUGGUGAUGAGACCACAAAAGGUCAAUUUUUGUUUUAGUCAAUUGAUUCAAAUUAAACGUAGUCAACCCUAACUAAAAAUUCAAACAGUUCUAUUGUUCAAAUUGGGAUUUGUGCUGAUUUAGCAUUGUGUCCUUGGGUAACUAAACUCCUUUCUGUACGAUGGCCGGCCGGCCUUCCAUAAAUCAAUUUUCUCCGUCUGUUGCAUGUACUGUAUGUCAGUGCUGACCAGUAUCAGCAGUAAUGGUGACCAAACUGUUACAGUAAUCCUCUGUCAAUUCUUUCAUUCAUCUUUUAAUGCUAGAUCUCUGAUCUUUUAAAGCUAGCAUCACCACUACAAAUCUGACUGAACCUUUGCUGAUUUUUGUUUUUUUUUUCUUUUACCAGGUCUGUGUUUUACUGGUAACUAUGCACACUAGACCAGAAGCAUUUCUUAAUAUAGCGUGAAAAACUAGGAAAUAUAUACCAAGUAGUGACAGUGAUUUGUAUGAAUUUCUUAUUGUAAUUUGCUGCGUACUCUACCAUUCAAUAAAUACUACUUUUAAAAAAGAAAUAUGGAAAAUGUGUCACUAAAGAAAGCAAGACGUAAAUAAAAUGUCAUUUUGUGUUUUCUGAGACUCCCUAAAUGAACAAAUGCUGUCAGUGAGCAUGUAUCUGCAGAGGUGAUGAAGAGUACUCCUGCUCCUCCUCUUCCUCAUCCUCCUCCUCCUCCUCCCCCCCCUGCCUCUUUCACAGAGGUAUUCUAAGGACAGAGAGGGGGGGUGGAUGGGUUCAAUGGGUUCAUGUAGUACGAACGCCUCCUCCUCCUCCUCCUCCUCCUCCUCUCCACCUCCUCCUCAGGUCUGCUGCCUCCCCGCUCCCUGCUCUCUCUGAGUCCGGGGAUGAUGAUCAGUCUCUGGGUGAAGAAGGAACCUGCUGCUGCAGAAUCUUCUGCUUCCGAGGCUGGAAGGUUUCAGUGAAAUGAUCGAAGUCUGAUUUUUUUAUUUUUUUAAUUAUUUCACCGCGGACAGGGAACAGCUGAGAAUCACUGGCUGCCAUUUUCAGGUCAACCGAGGCAUCUGGGUGAAAGUUGUGUUGUGUGGGAUGGGGGAAGAGCUUCGUCCUGAGCUGUGAUCAUGAUGGCUGAUGGAUGCUGCAGAGGGAUGGAGAGGAGCCGGGGGAAGGUGGCAGCGGAGCCGCUGCACAGAGCUGCGUACGCGUCGCCGCCACAGCAGCAGCAGCAGUAUGUGCAAAGCGCAGCAGCCGCGGCGGCAGCGGCGGCAGCGCAGCAGCAGCAGCAGCAGCAGCAGAGCGCAGACAUCCAGGAGCUGGCCUCCAAACGCGUUGACAUCCAGAAAAAACGCUUCUACCUGGACGUGAAGCAGAGCGUCCGCGGCCGCUUCCUGAAGAUCGCGGAGGUGUGGAUCGGCCGCGGCCGGCCCAGGAAAAGCAAACUGACGCUGUCCAUGGCCAUGGCGCCCGCGCUGCGCUAUUGCCUGGGAGACUUUAUAGAUUACUACGCCCGCAUCGGGCUGCGCGGUGGUUUGGCACCACAGCCGGCGCAUACGGAGGAGCAGAGCGGCGGAGGAGGCGGCAACAGCCAGGGCCGCUCGCACCGGAGAGCGCAAGAGCAGCAGCAGAGUUCUACCGCGCUGUCGCCUCCCGGUUCCCCCGCGUCUGACGACCAUGCGCACCGCGUCCUCAAGAGUGAGUUCAUCGAGCGCGACAACAGAAAGUACUUCCUGGACUUGAAGGAGAACCAGCGCGGCCGCUUCCUGCGCAUCCGGCAGACCGUCAGCAAAGGCCACGGAACCAUGGGCUACUAUGGCCAGGGCAUCGAACAGACCAUAGUCCUGCCCGCGCAGGGGCUCAUCGAGUUCCGAGACGCGCUGUCGCAGCUCAUCGAGGACUACGGGGACGAGGACAGCGACGACCGCGGCCGAACCGGCUCUCGGAACCACGGAGGCGAAGACGACAGUCCAGAACUGCCCGAGGCCGCGUCCUUUCGUGUGGACAACAAGAGGUUCUACUUCGACGUGGGUUCGAACCGCUAUGGUGUCUUCCUAAAGAUCAGCGAGGUGCGCCAGCCGUACCGGAACACCAUCACGGUGCCGCUUAAAGCCUGGGCCCGGUUCGGAGAGAACUUCAUCAGGUACGAGGAGGAGAUGCGGCGGAUUUUCACGUGUCACAAGGAGAAGAGGACAGACGCGCGGCGGGACAGCGACGAGCAGGAGGACUGAAGAAGACUUGAGGUCCCACAUCUAGUCUGUGUCCCUGUGACCACCAAGGGCUGGUAACGACUGACCGGAACCUGCCAAGAAUCCAUCCAUCCUUUCAUCCAUCUUAGUGCAUCUUCCUGCACUGUAUCCAAUUCAGCAGGGCCGUCCAAAAAUAUUAAAGGGCACUGAGCAGAAUUUUUAAGAACUCCCCAAACUCCCCCCCAGGUUUUGUAGACCUGUCAAAUCCUGGGUCAUGAUCCACAAUUGGUAGACCAAUACCAUGGUUGCAAGUUGUAGCUAAGUGGCACUGGAUCGGCUAAUUGGGCUGGCUAUAUUAUGCAGGAUUUGGUUUUUAUUUAGCUGACUAGUAAUAUGGUGAAUUCAUGGUCUUUUUUUUGUCCACCAAGAAACCCAGCUGACCAGCUGCCCUGUGGUUGUUGUGGAUUGGACCGUUCAUUAAUGCAGCCGUAUAUUCCGACGUAAUUCAUUAAACGUUGCGUAGUACCCACGUGGAAGACGUGAUCAAAAUAUUUAUGAUCAUAAUUCAAAUUUAAAUUCCUCCUUUUAAAUUUGAAUUCCUUCCCACGUGGGUCAGAAUUUUAACGGCUUUUAUCAUUUUGAAUGUGUUUGUGCCUGACCCAUAAUGAUGGAGGCAGCCUUCCGGAACAGUUUUGCUCCUGUCGAACGCAGCAGUAGCAGUGGCAGUGGUGUCCUCCAUUGUUGGGUGCAUUCAUUUUGACAAAAUGCCGAGAAAAAGGGACUUAUAUUUAGACUCUUUAGUGUUUAUCGUCAUUUAAUUAAUUAGUGCCUGUGCUGGAAAAACAAUUGAUUGGUGCUUGCACUUCUGCUUGGGAAGAUAAACCAUUCACAGCAUAGCGUUCAGAGUCCAUAGAUCGUAUAUAAAAAGUGGACAUAGCCAUUUAUUUGCAAGAAAGACAAUGAGAGCAGUGGCAUUCUGGGAGUCGUUUCUCAGAGCACUGGGCUCACAGCUGCUACAUUUGUGAAGCCACUUCCUAGGUCUUCACCUCUACAACCAGAUGGUUGCGUCCCUUCUUAUAUAUGGUUUUGGAAAGUUGCUCACUGUAAAAAAAAAAAAAAAAGUGAAAGUUGUGGACUUAGCUUUAGUUAGCAGACAUGUGCUACAUCACAUUGUAUAAAGUUUCUGGUCACAUUUAGGAAAGGCUGUGGGAGACUUUCUGGGUUUCAGACACUUUUACAGCAGAUGGAGAAUGUCUGGAAACAUUCUCGAAACCCCGCAAAGCCCUAACAGACAAUCGCUGGAAAAAAAUGUCUGAAUCAGUGGUGAUGUAAAAUUAGCUCACGGUUUAAAGAUGGUGGGAUGUUAGGGAUGUGGUUCGAACUGGGAGACCACUUUAAUACUUUUCCCUCAAAGAUGUACGAAAAAAGAAAAAACCGUCAGUCAGCAGUGACAGUAAAAGAUGAACUAAUGACACUUGCGUUUUUAUGAAAAGUGCAAAUUAAGAUAUAUAGCAAAAUAUUGUGUUUUAAUUAUGAUAUUUAUGUUUAAUCACAGCGAGAGCGGAUAUAGGGUUACAUGUGUAUAAUAGCAUCUUUGCCCACUGCUUCCCCUACUGGUCAUCAAGCUCGGAUGCAGGAAGAAGAGAGCGUAGCCUGCAGUUUGCACAGAAUUGUAAAGGUAGAUAAGCUAUUAAUAGAGGUGUUUGCUGUUUCAUUAGCAGAGGCUUGAGGGCGGAGGUGCAAUAGGCAGGCACACGGUGUCAAGGAAUAAAUAUUCAUAAAUAGAGAUAGGGAUGUAUGUGACACGGACGUCUUGGUACAACUUGAAACUAGCAAAAAUAUACAAUCUUUAAAAUAUUCAUUUAAAAGGUGAAAAUGUGGCAAACGCGACGGUUCUU